AAAAAAAUGGCUGAGAGAAAUCACAGUAUGGUGACUGAAUUUUUCCUCUCAGGACUAACAGAAAUUCCAGAGAUGAAAGUUUUUUGCUUUUUGCUCUUCUUAACAAUGUACCUAAUAACAGUGAUGGGGAAUAUUGGGAUGGUUCUGUUAAUCACGGUUGAUCCCCAGCUCCAUACUCCAAUGUAUUUCUUCCUCAGUCAUUUGGCUUUUGUGGAUUUCUGCUAUUCCUCAUCUAUCACCCCCAAAACACUGGUGAAUUUCCUAGCUGAGAGGAGAGCUAUUUCAUUUGGUGCAUGUGUCACACAGUUGUUCAUUUUUGUCCUAACAGCAAGUGCUGAGUGCCUCCUCUUGGCUGUGAUGGCAUAUGACCGGUAUGUAGCCAUCUGUAACUCACUGCUUUACACAGUCAUCAUGUCCCCAAAACUCUGUGCCCAUCUUGUGGCUGGUUCUUACCUCAUUGGCUUUGUCCAUGCACUGGCACAAAGUAUUUCUACUUUCACGUUGUCCUUCUGCAGCUCUAUUGUCAUCAACCAUUACUUCUGUGACAUUCCUCCAUUGAUACAGCUCUCCUGCUCUAACACCUACAGAAAUGAGCUCGUGCUUUACAUAUUUGGUACAUUCCAUGGCAUCUUCACUUCACUGGAGAUCCUAGUCUCCUAUAUCUACAUCCUCUCCACCAUUUUGAGGAUCCGCUCCACUGAGGGCAGGCACAAAGCCUUCUCUACCUGUGCCUCUCACCUGACAGCUGUAAUGCUAUUCUAUGGCACCACUGUCUUCAUGUAUGUGAGGCCAAUUUCCAGCUACUCCCUUGACCGAGACAAGGUGGUUUCAGUGUUCUACACUAUGGUCAUUCCCAUGUUGAAUCCUCUGAUCUACAGCCUGAGGAACAAAGAAGUGAAGGGUGCCCUGAAAAGACUCUUACGCCGCAUAAAACUUUCUUGA